ACUUUUUUUUUUUUGCCAUGUCCUGUAGGUCGCGCUCACUCUGUCUCUUCCCACUCUCUGGUUCUCUUUGUGUACUUUUCGCCACUGUGACGGAGGCUCUCUUUCGUUAUUAACCCGCUGCGUUUUGACUUUGUGCUUCGUCCUUGCCUUGUGCACGGAUUUGCGCUCAAAGUAAACUCACCCACAACAGACCCACCCACUGAGCCGUCCUUCGAUGCUUUUCGCUUUCGUUCGUUCGUUCGUUCCACUUGGAAUCAGCUUCAAUAGGUCUUUCUCUGCAAACGCUCGUUCAUUCAACGGUCCUUUCAAUUGAAAGAAAUUCGCAACGACGCCAAGUUGUCAGACUCGAAAAAUAUUUUCUCCUCUUAUCAUGAUAAUUUAACACAACAGCAAAAUAUACAAAAAAUAUUUAAACUUAAAAGAGCAUUCAGUGACAUUUAAAUAUUUAUAAACCACUGCAAGCCAAGUGCAUUGUGCAUACAAGAACAACAACAAACGGAAAAGCUUAAAAAUGUCGCCUUUUAUGGAAAAAGUGUUGCUGUUGUUAGGCGUGCUGUGCUGCAUACAAGUAUCCACUGCCCUGAUGUGCUAUGACUGCAACAGUGAGUUCGAUCCCCGUUGUGGAGAUCCAUUCGAGCCGUACUCCAUUGGUGAGGUGAACUGCAGCAAAAAGGAGCCAUUGGAGCAUCUCAAGAACAAAUUCAAGCCCAUACUGUGCCGCAAAACUGUGCAGAAGAUUUACGGCAAGACUCGCAUCGUACGUGGCUGCGGAUAUAUCCGUGAUGAGCGUACCGAUAAGGAAUGCAUACGGCGAUCGGGCACCCACGAUGUGUCUGCCACUUACUGCGCCUGCACCAAGGAUUUGUGCAAUGGAGCCAUUAUCGGUGCUACAUCACAGAAACCGCUGAUCCUUGCAUUGGCCGCAGGAUUAUUGCUGUUCAUGACAAGACAAAGCAUAGGAGUUCAAAGCUCAUAAAUAUACUCGUAUUGUAUUUGCUUUCUAUUAUUUUUAUAAUUUUUUUUCCAUAUUCUUUUCAAAUCUAAUGUUUUCUUUUUGACAUUUAAUUAGAUUUUCUGAAUAUGGCAAAAUACUUAGAUAACCAGUUUAAGUUAAUUAACUAUAAAUUUUUUCGUAAGCGUAAAAAGUGAGGAUAAUAAUUAUAAUAAAUAAAAUACCACUUUUAAUUUCGUGGGCUCAUAAAUUGAAAAAUUUAGGAGUACCUAAAAUAAUAAAACUUACACAAACAAAAUUUUGGGCGGCAAAAUCAA